UAUUUAUAUGGAUAUAAAUCAGUGAAGUAGUAGUUUAUCUUCAGUCUCUGAAGGAGAUGUUUUGACUAAACCAGCCAGCAAGCCUGAAUGGAAAAUGAAAGAAGAACUCAUAGUGAAAGGCGCUCCUCCCCCACCGCCUCCGCCUCCUCCCCCUCCGAUCGCUAACCUCAUUAAGUUCGGAAGAAUUGCAAGGAAGAACACUUGUGAUGUUUCUCUGACUCAGAAAGAGUACGUUCCUCUGAAAUGGAGUACCCUCAAAAGUCAGCAUGGGAGAGAUGCUACAAAUGGAGGUACAGUGUUCGCCAUCCCUCAGCACAGUCAAGACAAGAUUACAGACUCGAUCGACUGGAAAGGGCUCGAAGGGUUUAAGUUGUCCAAGAAGAGCGCCUGCAAGCCAAAGAAGUUAGAGAAAAUCAAGAGUUUCUCUUCCUUGUCAGUGGAAGCACAAGGAAUCAACAGGGUCGAUGCAAUAGUAGAAUGAGCACACAGAAGCAUUCCUAUUCAAAAGUGUAUCACUUUGAGCAUUUUGGCCAAGAAGCAUCGGUUGGUUGAGUGUAAAUUAGAAGAUUCAUUUUUGAAAUAUAAAGACUUUCACGUCCACUACCUUGAGAAGAUCUUACCGAGCCCAGCACAUGAAAGCUAUGUGAUGUUUCUAAGUGGAAUUAUAAAGCUUGGAGAUAUUUCUUGCCAUUACCCUAUGAAAGAGCGCUCAUCACCAAAGAAUCUAUUUGAGCUGAUGGAUCUUUUGACUAAAGAAGUGACAGACCUCUCUUCUGCUUGAGGAUUUUCUGAAAUCUUAAGGAGAAUUGCUAAGGACGAUCUUAUUCAUUUCCUGUGGGUGCUUAGCUUUCUUCCAAACUGUGUAGAGAAGAUAACAAUGGCGAGUACCAUUAUAGACAUAAGGCAUCAGUUUGAGUUUCUUAAUGAAACUAUUGUUAAUAAUUUUACUAAUUUAAAAGAUCACUCUGAAAGAGACCCUCUGGAGUUCUUGAAGGAUAUGAUUCAUAUUGUCAAAAUUGUUGGAAAUGAGAUGAACAAAGGGUAUGCAAACAAGCAGAGGAUUAGCAACUCAGAAGCUGCUGGGAUUUCCUUAAGGAUCCUACCUGAACUUUUCAGGAUAAGCCCUGUGGAAGACAUUGAAGGAAACACUUGCUUAUUUCACAUCAUUUUCAAUACCUAUCUUGCCUUUAAAGGGCUCGAACAGUGUGAGAAGGUAUAUGAGGAUAUUGUCUUUGAUUGAUCAAAGAUUAUUCAGUAUUUGUCCUUCUUGAAUGGCAACUCAACUGAAAUUGCCACUCAGAUCCAGGUGAAAACAGCUGAGAUUUCGGAAUACAUAAAGCAAGAAGGUGACGAAGAGUAUAAGUCAAGUAUUAAAAACAGACUUCAAGAGAUAGAACAGAAUGCUGAAGAAAGUUAUAGCAGAGAAAUCCUAUCAGAGCAGCUUCUAAUUACUACUGAAGCUGAAGAUAAAUGGUAUCAUGUCAAAAAUCAGUUGAUCAAGGUUGAAAACUUUCUUGGCAAAGGAAAUGAACAGAUAUCCUCCUGCAUUGAAUUUGCACAAAGAUGUAUCUCAGCUAUGAAGGAGCUCUCUACAAUGAAUAUAUCCUCUGAAGAGGAGAAGAAGUAUUCAAUUUCACCACAGAAAAGAAGAGUGCAGAGCCCGAAGAAGAAGCCAGGAAGAAGUCUUUCGUCAAAGUUUGAUGAUGAUUCAGAGAAUUGUUGUCCAAACAUUGAAAAAUCUAAAUUUGCCAAGAAGAAGUCUCGUAAACAAGAGAUUCUAGAGAAGAAAGCUAUGUUGAAGAAAGAAAUGAUUAAGACCAAAAGAAGGCUGUAAAUCUGAGCUCUUACUUAAGUCACUAAAAGAUUCAAGAUAAAAUUUCCAGUUCAGAUUCAG